AUGGAAAAAGAAAUUUCUCUCACAUGUAAAUUUAAAAACGAUGAAAAUCUUCUCCAAGAAAAAGAACUGAAUUUUAAUGUAAUGAAAACACUAGGUACCGGCACUUUUGGACGUGUUGUGUUAUGUUCGGAAAGAAGUGAAAAAACUUAUUAUGCUGUUAAGAUUUUACCUAUAAACGAUGUUAUCAAUAAAAAACAGAUAGAGCAUGUAAAAAAUGAAAAGAACGUUCUUCUUGAAAUUAGUCACCCUUUUAUUGUAAAUAUGAAAAGUUUUGCAAGGGAUCAAAGAAAUCUAUACAUGAUAUUUGAGUUUGUAGCAGGUGGUGAGCUUUUUUCUUAUCUGCGUAAAAUGAAAUGCUUCAACACUUUAACAGCAAACUUUUAUGCGAGAGAAAUUAUUCUGCCCAUAGAAUAUUUGCACUCAUUGAAUAUCAUUUAUAGGGAUUUAAAGCCAGAAAAUUUGCUGUUGGAUUCAGAUGGACAUCUGAAAAUUACGGAUUUUGGGUUUUGCAAAAAAUUAAAAGAGCGUACUUGGACAAUAUGUGGAACAAGUGAAUAUUUAGCCCCUGAAAUUAUACAAAAUCGAGGACACAACAAAGGAGUUGAUUUCUGGGCUUUGGGUAUACUUUUAUACGAAAUGUUGGUUGGACGUCCACCUUAUCAUGCUAAUGAUCCGUAUGCAGUGUAUGAUCUUAUUAUUAAUGGAAAAAUUGAUUGGCCAAAAAAUAUUGAUUUAGUGGCAAAGGACUUGAUAAAGAAACUUUUAACUGUAGAUAGAACAAAAAGGUUAGGAUGUAUGAAAAACGGAAUAAGAGAUAUAAAGUUUCAUCGAUUCUUUAAAGAUAUUGUUUGGAGCGACGUUUAUGAUUGCAAAUAUGAUCCACCAAUAAAACCAAAUGUGAGGUCUAUCGAUGACACUAGCAAUUAUGGUGACUAUAAUGAAGAAUAUUUAUAUGAAGAGGCCGAAAAAUGCGAUUAUGAUAUUUUUUGUGAUUUUUAAAUUUUUUGUUUCGCAAAUUUGUUAAAUGGCAAAUUGUAUAUUCUGUUAUAAAUUGUAAUAUAACUAGACACUUUUCAGGAAAAUAGAGGACAUUUCUCUUGUCUCCUAGUUUUAUUCGUUAUCUAAACAAAGACUCUCCUCUGAAACCCCAAACAAGAUUGUUGUUCAAAUUUGCAACUGAUACCCCCC